UCCCGGGCUCUGGGAUUCGGCCGGGUGUUUACCGAUCUCCGGCAGGCGAGAGGCAGCGGGACUCCGCGCUGCGGCCGUAAACCCCUCUCGGAGCUGAACCGAGCGAGGCGGGCUGCGACCGGGCCGCGGCAUGGCCGCGAACUAUUCCAGUAUGAGUAACAGAAAAGAACAUGUCAGAAUUACAACCAAGUCACAGCCAGGCUUCCUGGAGCGGCUGAGCGAGACCUCAGGUGGAAUGUUUGUGGGGCUCAUGACCUUCCUGCUCUCCUUCUACUUAAUUUUUACCAAUGAGGGCCGCACAGUGAAGAUGGCGACCUUGCUGGCUGAGGGACUCUCGCUGGUGGUGACCCCCGACAGCAUCCACAGUGUGGCUCCGGAGAAUGAGGGGAGGCUGGUGCACAUCCCCGGGGCCCUGCGGACGUCCAAGCUCUUGUCUGAUCCAAACUACGGGGUCCACCUCCCGGCUGUGAAGCUGCGGCGGCACGUAGAGAUGUACCAAUGGGUGGAAACCGAGGAGUCCAGGGAGUACACAGAGGACGGGCAGGUGAAGACAGAGAGGCGGUACUCCUACAACACUGAAUGGAGGUCGGAAAUCGUCAACAGCAGAAACUUUGACCGAGAGAUUGGCCACAAAAACCCCAGUGCGAUGGCCGUGGAUUCAUUCACCGCAACAGCCCCCUUCGUCCAAAUCGGCAGGUUUUUCCUCUCGGCGGGCCUCAUUGACAAAGUGGACAACUUCAAGCCACUGAGCCUGUCCAAGCUGGAGGACCCACACGUGGACAUCAUUCGCCGGGGGGACUAUUUCUACCACAGUGAAAACCCCAAGUACCCCGAGGUCGGAGACCUGCGCGUCUCAUUUUCCUACGCAGGGCUGAGCAGCGAUGACCCCGACCUGGGCCCAGCUCACGUGGUCACCGUGAUUGCCCGGCAGCGGGGUGACCAGCUGGUCCCAUACUCCACCAAGUCCGGGGACACCUUGCUGCUCCUGCACCACGGGGACAUCUCAGCAGAGGAGGUGUUUCGUCGAGAACAGAAGAGCAACUCCAUGAAGACGUGGGGCCUGCGGGCGGCCGGCUGGGUAGCCAUGUUUGUGGGCCUCAACCUCAUGACACGGAUCCUCUACACUCUGGUGGACUGGUUCCCCAUCUUCCGAGACCUGGUCAACAUUGGCCUGAAGGCCUUUGCCUUCUGCGUGGCCACCUCACUGACCUUGCUGACCGUGGCCGCUGGCUGGCUCUUCUACCGGCCCCUGUGGGCGCUCGUCAUCAGCUGCCUGGCCCUGGUGCCUAUCAUCGUCGCUCGGACACGGGUGCCGGCCAAAAAGCUGGAGUGAGCCGGGGCUCCGGCACCCGCUGGACGCUGCCUGUGCCUCGGGACCCAGGUCAUCCCCUCCCCCAAACCCACGUCGGUCUUGGAUUCCGCACGCGCCCCACUCGGGUGGCAGCCUUGGCAGUGCGCGUGGGUGUCGGGUUGGCGUCCGUCAGUUAGCACUUCGCACCCCUUCUUGCCAGCGGGCAGCUUUGGUGGCAGGAGGCGGCUCCUGUCCGGCAGCAUGACACGCGCCCUCCUGCUUGUUUCCUUCUCUUGGGGCCGUGUGGCCGCUCGUGUGUUUCACUUAGCUGAUGUCCGCCGCGAUGGGGACACUCAGACCUGGGGACGGUGCCAGGCUCCACCGCAGCCACCGCCGUGCCCGCGUCCCAGGACAGGGCAGCAGGGGCGCCACAAACCCACUCUGCGCAUGGAGCUUGAUUCGGUACUUAAGAGAACCAGGGGGUGUGGUGACGAGGAAGGUGGACGUCUGCUGGGCUUUGCGCGCAUGUUACCAUUUGGCAGAAUCUUCGUGGCAUGUAGGACCCCCACAGGCCUGGUUGUCUCUUGCCACUUCGUUUCUCUGCACGUAGCUCCCCGACCUGCCCUCAGAGGGGGCGGUUUCAAGUCAGAUCUAGAAAACAGACACCUCCCGAAUGACUUACGUCUCAGACUGUUACAGAAAAACCCCCUUUCAUCUGUCAGUUGAAGGUAGUUCAGAGCACAGGAAGUUCAGUGGGGCUGUUACGUACCUGGUUGAGAAAGUUACCCGUCGGUAUUCUGGGUCCCUGAGAAGCUUUUCAUAGCUUCAGGUGCUUUGAAACCAGUGUUAGCAAAAGGCUUAUUUUCCCUCUGGGAGGAGAUGGGGGUCUCUAUCCGGGAGAGAAAGGCAUUUCCUUUCAUCCUCUGGCAUCAAAACCCAGAUUUUCUUGAAGAUGAUUUUGAGUUUUUAGUCAGUUAUCCUAAGUGGGCUCCUUCGUGGUGACACCCCACCCACUAACCAGAAUCAGGCAUCAGAGGCUGCAGAUUUGAAAGCUCUCUGGCCUGGCUCUGUUCAUCACAGGUGUGUUUUUGACAUUAGCAUCUGGGCCUCAAGUGGCUGCUUCUGGCUGGUUUAUGUUUUCAGUGUCCACAGCUUUAUUCCUAAAUCAAAUCUACCCAUGCUUAUUUUAAUCCACAGAGUUCAAGUUUCCCAACUACUCUCAACACCCUUUGAAAGAUAAAGUAUGUUGUAACAUUGAUGUCUUAAAAGACUUGUGUGUCCUUUAUCUUUUAACUAUUUGGAAAUUGUUGUGUCUUGCUGGGAGUGGCUGCUUUAGUGGAGCAAGUAUUUGGUAGCUGAAUAGGGCUUAGAACUUAUGCAACUCAAGAGCUAAUAAUCUCUCUUGUUGUCCUGGGGCAUUUGUGGUAUAAACUGAGAUUUUUCAUGUUCAAAACAGCCAGCCCCAGCGAUGAGUUAUCUGGGUUUAAGGACUAAAAUAGUGUUCACUGUUGCUUGUUAAAUGAACAGUUUCUUCGAUCUCUCAACUCUUAAAGAUGCUUUUGGAAAGCACAGUGACGAGAUGAUUGCUCAAUACAAAAUCCUUGAUAUUUGGUUUGUGUAAUAUUUUUCUGGUACAGAUUUUAAAUUACGGCCAAUUUCAAGUGUUCUUAAAGACCAAAAUCAUGUUAAGAAAUAUUUCAAGCCUUCGGGAAAUCAUGAUGAAACUUGUAUUAUCUUUGUAAUUUUGAUAAAAAUUCAAAAUAAAUUUCUAAAUAUCUUUUGAU